UUAUUAUAAAAAUUAAAAUAUUGUUUUACAUAAAUAAUUCAAAUAUCCGUAGUUCACAUAAAUAUAAGGUAAAACUGAUUUAAUUUUUGAAUUUUACUAAAAACUGAAAGUUGAAAAACUAUUUUAUUAUUGGAACUAUGACACAGAAAAUUUAUUCUGAUAGUUUAAAAAUUUUAACUAUUUGGUGUGUAUCAAUUUUUUACAUUUGUCCAUUGGGUGCUGAAGAAUUGUCUAAUGAACAAGUACAAGUUGCCGCUUAUAAUAUUAAAUGGACGAAUGAUAUGUUUAUUCAAUAUAAAAAGAAAUGUAAAGAACAAAAUACAUUCGAUGAACAAAAAAUAUUAGAAUUUUUGAUAAAUAAAUUCGAUAAUCUAUCAUAUGAGGAACUCGAAGAUAUGUUAAUUCCAAAAAAAUUAAACAAUAUCAUAGAUGCUGAUGCUGAAAAUCAAAUUAGAAGAAUACAAGAAGAAUCUAUUCGAAAUAUAUUACAUGAUUAUAUAAAAAUAAACAAUAUCAUAGAUGCUGAGGAACUCGAAGAUAUGUUUAUUCCAAAAAAUGCUGAAAAUCAAAUUAAAAGAGUGCACGAAAAAUCUAUUCAAAAUAAUUUACAUGAUUAUAUAGGUGUUUUUCAAUUUGUAGAUGUUGAAGAUUUUACAAUGGUACUUGACGAAGUUAUUAAAUAUCAAGACCAAUACAAACGCCGUACUGAAAUAAUAAGGGACUAUGCCAUCGAAUUGUUACAAAAUGAUUACGCAAAUAAAAAAAUGUGCUCAUACAAAGAAACGAUAAUGUGUAAAUUAGUUGGAUUAAUAAACAAUAUAGACGUGUUAAAACACAGAGGUGAAUGCAAUUUAGAUAAUGAAUGUGUUUUGGAGUAUAUGGAUAAUGAUGGAAAAUGGACAAAUAAAAAAUACAAGUUUUACAAUAACCCUGAUCCUUUUACAGCAACUAUUUUUAGAGCAAAAGAUACCGAAGAUUAUAAAUUAUUCGAUUUGAAUUCAAUUUAUAAUAUUGUAUAUGUAGAAUAAUUUUUCAUUGCUGUUAAUAUUUGUGAAUAUUAAAAUAAUACUUUUCAAUAAAAAUGUAAAGUGUGUAAUAUUGUAUACAAUGAAUAAAAUAAAUAGAAUUAUA